CGUGUUUUAUUAUUAUCUUUUGGCUAUAAUAAGAGGAAGUUUUUUUGCUUUAAGGUUCAUAUUUCAUUACACAUUUAGUUAAGAUUGGCUCAUCUCCGCGUUCCUUUUAAAAAUUCCAUAUGAUAAUAUGUUACAACUUAUAAAUAAAUGGAGUACAUUCUUUAGAAAUAUGAAGAACGGCUAAAAAGGAAACUGAGGUGUUUUUGAAGGAUUUAAUUAACAGAAACUAUGAAAAAGGAACAGUACGAAGGAAAUUGUACAAGAUUAUUAAUUCGAUUACCUCUAAAAAUCAUACAGAAUAAGCGAAGUGAAGAUGCUAUAGGUUGGCCUACCUCUCGGUAAGUUGCAUUUGAAAUCAGCAGCUGACUUUCUUCCUUUGAACUGCUGAAGCUACUUCAUGCUAUUUUGCUGCAGCUAUUAUCUCAGAUUCCUGCAAGAUAACAUCGCUACAGAUCUCGCAUAGAAAUUUUCAACUCAUAAAAAAACAGUUAUUUUAUACUUGUAUAUAAUGACAGACUCUAAUGAAGAACCUAAGCAUGUCAUAUACAUCAAAGCUGAAAGUGUACAAAGUAAUUUACAAGAAGAUAUGAGUUUAUCUAAUGAGACUGCUCCAACAUCUAUGAAUACAAGUAUCAAGAAAGAAGUGCAGGAAGCUACAUGUCACUCAGAUCCAAAAAAUUUGACUAUCACGUGGAAGAUAUACAAAGAUUUCAAAAUAUGCAUAUAUAAACCUCUCAUCCCCUUGAAGCUAGCUUUGUUUUUUUGGUAUGGAGAUGGAGCUGUCAUCACACCAUUUCUUACAGUCUAUUUCAAGCAGCGCGGACUUGCUCUGUCAGAGCUGUCAAUAAUAUACAUGAUAGCUCCUGUAGUCCAGUUUAUAGGAACAACUUUAUCUGGGGUAAUAGCAGAUAAAAUAGGCCGAUCUAAACCAGUUCUUAUAGGUAAUCUAAUUCUUACAAUGGUUUUUGUUGCUGGUAUGCUUAUAGUACCAAGAAUGAGCACCGAAAGUUGUGAAUCAUAUUCAUUCAAUUUUGAAUGCGAUCAACAAACCUUGGGUAGACUGAAUGUAAAAACUCGCUCUGAAGUUACAGAAUAUACUAUGGAAGCAAACUUUUGUAAAAUUUCAUGCCCUGAAAAUGUUACACAAUCAUGCCCUGCAGAUAAUAUCAUGUGUAUCGAAUUAGCAGAAAAACAAAAUUUUGUGAAUUUGUCUAUGUCUGUUCCCAUUAAUGGUACUUAUAGAAAAAAUAACGAAACUUUUGAUCACCUUCUUUCUCAAAUGCAUAAAAAUGCAACUUUUUCUUGGUGUAAUGAGUCACAAAAACGAAACUGUACUAUAAGCUGCACGUUUUUAUCCGAUGAAAAGUGUGCAUGGGAAGCUGGAUACAGAUGGAAAGUCUUGGUUGCGAACAUCAUGUUGUUUGUUCUUUAUCUAACUGCGUACUCCAAUUGCUAUCGUAUUCUAGAUGUUACUUCAAUGUCUUUAGUGAAGGAACAUAACUCUGAUUUCGGGCGAGAACGUUUCUUUUCCAUUCUUGGUAUCUUAGUAUUCUCUCCCAUUGCCGGAUACGUCGUUGACGCAAGCACAACUUCAGGAAAUGAAAAGAAUUAUGCAUCUGCCCUGUAUUUUUUUAUAGGAGUGCUACUUGUAACUUUAGCCGUUAUUUGUAAACUUAAAGUGAAAACUGAACCUCCAGGAAAAAAUAUGCGGAGAAAGACAGUUUACUUGAUUCAGAAUGUUGAUGUGAUUUCCUUUAUUUUAGUUAUUUUUGUUCUUGGCACCUCAUGGAAUUUUACGAAGAACUUUACGAAUUGGUUUCUGGUAGAGCUAGACACACCUGGCUUUUUACUAGGAUUAAUUCCAGCUGCAAGUAGCUUGUAUGGGCUUCCAUUUUUACUUACCACCAAUUGGUGGGUAAAGAAAUUAGGCUCUUCUAACCUAUUCAUAUUAGCUCUUUUAGCGUAUGUUGUAAGCGCGCUUGGAUAUUCUUUUCUGUACGAUCCGUGGUUUGCCCUUCUAUUAGAAUUUACUUCAGUAUUCACCUAUCAUAUGUUAUGGGUAGCUGUAGUUAUUCAUAGCCACGAUAUAGCACCUGAAGGUCUUACAGCAACGGUUAUUUCGACAGCUGGAGCUAUUCAUUACAGCAUAGGCAAGGGCAUAGGCAGUCUUAUAGGCGGAUUGAUAAUGGAUGCUUAUGGAGGAAGAACUGCAUUUAGAGUUAUUGCCAUUAUUUGCCUGGUUGCUGCAGUUUUAUAUGGAUUUUAUGUGUACAUACGUCUCUCUUAUUUCAGAACAAAACAUUACUUUAGUAAGAAAGAUGUUAACGGAAGCGCUGGAUGCAAGAAAGUAACGAAAGAGUUAUACACUCCAAGAAAUGGAAGCUAGUAUUAAAAGCAUUGCUUUCGUAUUUAUAGAAGAACAGAAGACUGAAGAAGUAUUUUUUGCCAAAGCAUUUUGUAGUAAAUGUGAUAUUAUUUAAAUAACUUAGCACUUCUUAGUUCAUUAAUUUUAAAUAAAAAGUUAUGUUGAUUAA